GUAUUUUGUUAGAAAUUUUAUUGAUUAAAUAUUUUUCAGAAGAUCUUAAUAACGCUAUCAUGGAAUAUUUUGCAUAUGAGGACCUCCUUGACUCCAAUAUGACGUAUACAGAGAAGUUCCGAGACGAGAAUAUAGAUAAAAAGGAUGGAUUGGAAGAUGUACAGAUGAGCGGAUAGAUGUUGAUGCCAUAGAUGAAAAAAGUGUAGAUGAGAAGAGUGCAGUACAAAACGUUCAGAAGGAUUUUGUCCGAAAGGAAAUAAACCAAGUAAAGUUUGAAGAUGAAUAUGAUAUUAUUGGUGCCCAUAAGGAAAAAUACAUGGCUUUAUUAGAGGAGGUAUUGAUGCCAGUAACAUUGUGAUAAAUAAUCUACUUAAGAAUGAAAGGAGAAAAUACAGUGGGAAGGAGCAAGGAAGGAGAUUGUUGAACUAAAAGCAGAUCUUUAGACUGAUCAUGAUAUUGAUUAACCCAAGGCAAAGAGACCUAAGAUUAUGUUUACCAAGUCAAAACAAAAGAAAAUUAUUGGUUUUCAGAAGAAGAUGCAGGAGUGGGAGCUUAAGUUUCAGCAGGAGAUGCAGGAGUGGGAGCUUAAGUUUCAGCAGGAGAUGGAGCUCAAGUCAGAUCAGGAAAAGCAGGAAAUUAAGCAGAAGCUAGAACAAGAUAAGUGGGAAAUGGAGCAGAUGCUAGAACAUCUGCUGACAAAGGAACAAAAUGAGAAGGAAGACUUACGUCAAAAGCUGGCGAAAGAACGAUAUGAGAAGGAUGAACUAUGUAAGAAACUACAGGAGGAGCUGAGUUGUCCAGUCUGUUUUUCCAUCCCAAGGAGUGGUAAAAUACCAAUGUGCAAGAACGGACAUAUCUUCUGUGACAAGUGUAUCAGCAAAGAGGUCGUAAUGUAUCUCUUCGUGGACUGAAACUAUUGAAGGAACAUGAGAAUACUUGUAAAUACACAGAGAACAUACCCUGCCCUGGUUACAAGGUAUCCCGGAUGAGUAUACAAGAACACUGGAAAACCUGCCCUGGUUUCUAAAGAGACAAGUGCACAGCAGGCUUGUUAUUGAGCACCCAACGUCAUUUGAGGUCAUCAGGACAAAUGUUUAUCAGGUCCUAUCAGUUUGACAAGAUUGAUGAGUUAUUCUUCCUGGUGACAGUUAAGAUUGGAGAAAGAAGUGCAACAUAGUAGAAAUGCAUAAGGACACCAGAGGGCGGAUUAAAAUGUUUUGAUUAAAGUAACUAAAAUGUAAAGAUUCAUCGAUAUCAAUUCAAUCAUAUUCAGAUUUUUCAAUCAUGUUUUACAUAUAAAACUUGAAUAAAAUCUGGACGUAAGGAUGUUACCUUAUUUCUUGAUCAUGUUUGCAAAUAAUAUUUCUCCGCGAUCAAAUCCGAAUGCAUAAGCGGAAAUAGUUGAUGGUGAGCGCUUUCGGAACUGAACGUUCAUAUGUCCACUGAUGACCAAUUUAGAAAAUAAAUUCGCUUGGUAACUUUUCCCAUUGCCCUAAAUACCCUAACCUUUCUCCGACUAUACACCAUGAGCACUAAUCUGAAAUUUUAGCUCAAUAUAUCAAGAACUAAAGGAUAUUUAAUCGCAAGUAAAGUUUUAAAAGCCAUAUAUACAGAGCUUCCUAUAUCAUAUUUGAUUAUUACUCAGCUUUAACGCAAAAAUACGCACAUACUACUUGAAACCCCUAGUAUUCUCUGCAUGCAAAUUUUUAUUUUAUGUUUACACAAUUUUUCAAAAUGAAUCAUUCUUUUUUUAUUUUCUGAAAAGCCCCGGAAAUUGCAAUUUAGAGUUGUAUACAAUCCAGUAUGAUAUGGGAAACCCUGUACUAAAGAUCUAAAAAAAACUUUCUUGAUUUUAUCAUGUCACACAUUAUUGUCUAUUGAAAAGUCCAGAAAAAUGGAAUCAGGUUGGAAUUUU